GCUCGGAAGACGGCAGUAUGCGGGCGCACAUGUCGAGCGCGGCUUGUUUUACUGGUUUCAGACUCCUGACUCGAUCCUGCGUGUCAUCACAGCGGGUCAGACGAUACCCACCCGUGUCAUCUGCCCACAGCUUCUCGCUCUUCAGUCCAUGUGCCUCUGUACUCUCCAGAGGCUUGAUGUCAAAGCGAUCAGACAGCAGGAAGAUGUCAAAGCGAUCAGACAGCAGGCAGAUGUCAAAGCUCAUGGCGCAGCGGAUGGUCUGGGUGGAUUUGGAGAUGACAGGGCUGGACAUCGAUAAGGACCAUAUUAUUGAGAUGGCUUGUAUCAUUACCGACUCGGACCUGAACAUCGUUGCAGAGGGCCCUAAUUUGAUAAUAAAUCAACCAGAUGAGCUGCUUGACAGCAUGUCAGACUGGUGCAAAGAGCAUCAUGGCGAGUCAGGAUUGACUCGGGCCGUGAGAGACAGUGACAUCACUCUUCAGCAAGCGGAGUAUGAGUUCCUGUCCUUCAUUCGCCAGCACACGCCACCUGGCCAGUGUCCUCUCGCAGGGAACUCUGUCCAUGCGGAUAAGAAGUUUUUGGAUAAGUACAUGACUCAGUUCAUGCGACACCUGCAUUAUCGCAUUAUAGACGUGAGCACAAUUAAAGAGUUGUGCAGACGAUGGUAUCCUGAAGAGUUCAAGCUCACGCCACAGAAAAAAGCAUCUCAUAGAGCGUUGGAGGACAUCCAAGAGAGCAUUAGAGAGCUGAAGUUUUACAGAGCCAAUGUUUUCAAACCUGUUUUGGAGGAGAAGAAGAGAAAAGUAGUCGAGAAUGGAAAUAAGAUGUCUGUGAGCUAAUCUGCAAACACAGGAGAGAAAAAUCCAUCUGGAGUGAUUUUUAGGAUCUGGUGUUGAAUUCAGGGGGUGUUGACGGCCUCACGGUUCUUUUUCUUGUUUUAGUUCUCAUCUCGGUGAAUAACUUGGUUUAAAAAAAGAGGUUUGAAAUGAUGUAAAUGAUUUUGACCAAGUUCAUUUUAUCCAAAUUUAGGAAUUUGAUUUGUUACCUGCUUUUCAUUAGAUCAUGCUGGUGUGCAGUAAAGACACGAAAUUGAAUUGUGUUUGAAUUGAAGUUCUUAUGUCUACGAGUGUUUUCGUCACACGUUUUUGAAAUAAAAUCAUUUGUUGUAAAUUGGUUGUUUGUAAUUUGUUUCAAUUUAGUGUUGCCAUCUGAAAUGCCAG